CUUUCUAGCAAGGUAGGCACAGCGACAAACCACCAUCCUCGACAAAAUGGCCGAACCAAAAACGACACCCACCAACGUUAUGAGGGAGCCUCGUAUUGAUAAACUUGUCAUCAACAUCUCCGUCGGUGAAUCUGGUGAUCGUCUGACCCGAGCCUCCAAGGUCCUAGAACAACUCACCGGCCAAACACCCGUCACCUCAAAAGCCCGUUACACCGUCCGUACAUUCGGUAUCCGUCGUAACGAAAAGAUCGCUGUGCACGUUACCAUCCGCGGUCCCAAGGCGGAGGAAAUUCUGGAGCGUGGGUUGAAGGUGAAGGAGUAUGAGCUGCGCCGCAAGAACUUCUCGGAAACGGGCAACUUUGGGUUCGGUAUCCAGGAGCAUAUCGAUUUGGGUGCGAGGUAUGACCCUGGUAUUGGUAUCUUCGGAAUGGAUUUCUACGUUGUAAUGGGACGACCUGGCGCACGGGUGGCGAGGCGGAGGGCAAAGAAGACACGAAUCGGCUUCCAACACCGUAUCAAGAAGGACGACACGAUGGCUUGGUUCAAGCAACGUUUCGAUGGUAUUAUCUUGAAAUAAACGACCAUCAUAUAUAUCUCCUUCAUCCUCCGUUGCCAAGCUAUGAUAUGCACUCUAUACUAUAUGGCAUGUGUUACGUGUAUGCAUGAAAUGUCUCUUUUCUGGCUCAAUGAAAGAUUUGAGAGAAAGCGG